AGGGCUGCCUGGGAGCCGGAGUUGGGUGGGACGCGGGUAAACAAGUCAGGUGGGUAGCGCAGCAGGAGGAGCCGGAGCGCGGCGCAGUGGCCGGACCGGCGCGACAGUCGCCGCUGACUUUCCGGGCUGCCGAUCCCGAGCCGACCGCUCAGGCAUUACGGCCGCAGGUGGAGUGAAGCCCGCCGGACACUGAGCGUCCUCGUCGCGACGGAAGAUGCGUGCGCCCAUCCCAGAGCCCAAGCCUGGAGACCUGAUUGAGAUUUUCCGCCCUUUCUACAGACACUGGGCCAUCUACGUUGGCGAUGGAUAUGUGGUCCAUCUGGCUCCCCCAAGUGAAGUGGCAGGAGCGGGUGCGGCCAGCAUCAUGUCCGCCCUGACCGACAAGGCCCUGGUGAAGAAGGAGCUGCUGUAUGACGUGGCCGGGAGAGACAAGUACCAGGUCAAUAACAAGCACGAUGACAAGUACGCCCCCCUGCCCCCCAGCAAAAUCAUCCAGCGGGCGGAGGAGAUGGUGGGGCAGGAGGUCCUCUACAAGCUGACCAGUGAGAACUGCGAGCACUUCGUGAACGAGCUGCGCUACGGAGUUCCCCGCAGCGACCAGGUCAGAGAUGUCGUCAUGGCGGCGGGCAUCGCAGGAGUGGGCUUGGCAGCCCUGGGCCUCAUUGGAGUCAUGUUCUCAAGAAACAAGAAACAAAAGCAAUAGGUUGAAGUGACUAUCCUGUUAGGAAUGACUUUAUACUGUAGAGGGUUUUGUUUAGCUAGAGAGUUUGGGGUUUGGUUUGUGGAUUUCAUUCUGAUUUAUAAUAAGGCUUAUUUUCACAGAAUAAAAUAGAGCACCAUAAGAGAGGAUUUUUUUGGGGGGAACUGCAGCACUGACGCUCCAUGGAGGGAAGCGCUGACUCUGUUCCAGGCGACUCUCUUCCAUGAUUUUCUCUCUCUUUGAAGAUUGUGUUCUUUGCAUUGCAGAAAUCAGACCUCCGGAGGGAAGUUCCGGUUGUCGGGACACACUGCCUGUCCCUUCCCCUCCUCAGUGCCUUGGCUUCCUCACCACUUUUGCUUGCCAGACCUCUAAGUCUCUGAUCCCACAUUCCCGCCCUGCCUUCCCGCCUCAGCUCAGCAUUUCCCCACCGCCGCAGCACUGUGCGCCCAAGCGCAAGUUCCUGAGAAUCUGAUUGGCUAGCACCACACAGCUCAGACUACCCAUUGGCUGCCUUUGGGUCGGGUAACUCCCAUCAGGCCAAUCAGCUGCCUGACGGGCCAGGGGCGUGUUCUCUGAAGGGGCUGCGGUGGGUUCUUUGGAAAUACUGCUGGGGCUGACUGUCCUUCCUUAUUCAGGGCAUGCUUCCUUUUACUUGGUUGGAAUGUUUCCUUCCUUGCCCCUGGUUUUCGGGGGACCAUCCUGCCCAUGGCAGGUUUGGGCAGGAUUUACAGAUGGCCCCGGGGCUACUCCCUCCUGCCUUGCCCCACCUGGCGCAUGGUAACAGCGCUCUCAAGGUCCCAGUGUUUGGAGAGUACCUUUCUUCCAGUAGUUUCCUUUCUGUCUCAGCCCGGUUGAUGUGCUGUCUCAUUGGAGCUCACAACUCCCCAAACUUGAGACAUAGACCAAACUAAAAAAGUGGGUCUCCUGAAACUCUCUUGCGAUGAAGGGGAAACACAGAGUGUAACUUCCAAACUAAUAACAGAGGGAGAAAAAAGAAUGAGGACAAACUCAAGAAAGCAAAACAAAACACACCCCCUUCAAUUUUUAAAAAGUGGAAAAUAAAGAAGGAAAAAUUACGUACAAAUAGUGAUGCAUAGAAAUAACCAAAGAAAAUGGAGGAACUAAUUCCAAAUAUAUUGAUAAUCACCAUAAGUAUAAGUGAACUAAACUUCAAAGUAAAAGACGAACGACACCCUGGAUUUAAAAAUGAAUCUACAAAUAAGGGUUUAUAACAGACACACUUAAAUAUAAGAACACAAUGACUGAGGUGAAAAGGAUGGACGUGUUGGAUGAGACAGGCACUCCACGUUCCCCGGAGGGCCUGGCGCACAGAAGAGGGGGUGAACGCCAGUGCAGGGUACAGGAAAGUUCAGGCUCAAGGGCCAGCCAACAGCAUUGGUACUUUCCCGAGACCUGAUUAGCACAAAUUUGGACCAAUAGUGUUGGCCCAGGAGCUACACAAUGCCCCGGACUAGCCUACUCCAGUGGCAGCCUGCUCUCGGGUCCCCUCUUGCCCUGCGAGAGUUCAGUCUCUUUUCUUCACGUUUGAAUAAAUCCUGCUCCUUUCA